AUGCAGGUGGAGUCCGGUAUUCGACUGGUGGAGGUGCAGGUCAUUGAUGCAGUGGAGGUCAGUCAUGUGACUGUGGAGGUACAGGUCAUGUGCUGCCAGGUGGAGUUCAGCGUCAUUGUGAUGCAGGUGCGAGAUGAUGUGUUUUAUUGUGAAGAGAAAGCCAGAGAGUAUCUGCACAAAACAGGUCGCUUCAUCGUGAUCGGAGGAAUCAUCUCUCCGGUGCACGACUCGUACGGAAAACCUGGUUUAGUGCCGAGCAAACAUCGUCUCACCAUGUGUCAGCUGGCCGUGCAGUCCUCUGAUUGGAUCAGGGUCGACCCGUGGGAGUGUUACCAGGACACCUGGCAGACGACCUGCAGCGUGCUGGAGCAUCACCGCGACCUGAUGAAGAGAGUCACCGGCUGUAUUCUGUCCAACGUCAACACGCCAUCCACGACUCCUGUGAUUGGUCAGCCUCAGAACCAGACUCCGCCCAUCUACCAGAACCACAACAACAUGAAUCACAAGCCCACAGCCAUCAAACUGUGGGGGAAGGUCAGCGAGAGUUUGGGGAAGAUCUGCUGCGUGCGCCCUCAAAUCGAACGCUUCACCUUCGUCGAUGAAAAUGCUAACCUGGGGACCGCGAUGAGGUACGAGGAGAUCGAGUUACGCAUCUUGCUCCUGUGUGGCAGUGAUCUCCUGGAGUCCUUCUGCAUCCCUGGCCUGUGGAAGGACAGUGAUAUGGAGGUGAUUGUCGGGGAUUUUGGGAUCGUGGUGGUUCCUCGUGAUGGAGCUGACACAGAGAGGAUCAUGAAUCACUCCUCCAUCCUCCGCAAGUACAAGGACAACAUCACCGUGGUGAACGAUGCGAUGACUCACCCGAUGUCCAUCGUCAGCUCAACCAAGAGCAGACUGGCCCUGCAGCACGGUGACGGCCAUGUUGUGGAUUACCUGAGUCAGCCGGUCAUCGACUACAUCCUGCAGAGUCAGCUGUACAUCAACGCCUCGGGGUAGAAACCACAACCUGCCGACUGACAACAGGAGAGUGGAGGCGGGGCGGGGGGGCAACUACAACCACCAUCAUCUAUAUAACCUCCACCCCCCAAAGAAAAGUUCAACUUCCUUCUCUGUCUUCUGUGUCAAACAUAAUCUCUUCUUUGAGCUGUCGCUUUCCAACACGAGCAUUAGUGUCCCUCCUUCUGUCUGUCAUGUGACUUUACCGUUGGGGUUGGGUGGUGGUGGUGGUGGUGGGGAUAAGGAUGGAGGCGAUCCUUGAAGGCUGCAGCGGUGUCAUUGAUGUAUUUUCUCACUCUGUUUGUUAUCUGUCUUUAUUAAAGUUUGAGGUGCAUGACACACAGCCGGGCAUGCUCAGUGUACCGAUGGCAGACUCUUCUGUAUCAGGGUGGUGUUCGCCAAACAGACGAGUGACGGGCCUCACGCAAGAACGACGGCACGUUCGAGUGUGUCUGAUCAAAAACAGCCAACAAGACCCAGCAGCAGUCAGCCCA